AUGGCUUACAUCUUUGGCGCUGCCAUUAAAGGAAUCUGGGGCUCUGUUUUUCCGCCUCACCCUCCGACUCCAACUACUAGCGAUACAGAUACAGAUACUGCCACCACUACCACAACCACAACCACAUCGAGUUCAGACAAGAUGGACUGCGCUGAAGAAAUCCCGUGGACAGACAUCACAGAGGCGCAUGUCUCCAACCUCCGCGGCCACGUCCGCUACCUCAAAAACAUUGGCACAAAACUCAAUGUCGCCGAUAAACUAGAAGACUAUAACAAACGCGCCGCCCAAGCCCUCGCCGACGCCGAGGCCGCCGCACUCAUCGCUGGCAUCCAAAUCUCAUCCAAGAACCAAACCAAGGCCAAAGCUACAGAACCACGUCCCACCUCCCCGCGCCGUCGCCGCCCGCGCUCCCCAGGCCCCACCACAAACACCAACACCACCACCCCCAACCCCGACACCGACGGCGUCUCCGCCCCCAAAAAGGUCAAAUUCCGCUCCCCCGUCGCCACCGCCGCCGAAAAGCCGCCCGCAUUCUCGCGCCGCGCCCCGCCAACCGCAGCGGAGCUCGCGCAGCUCACGUCAACGCUGGGCAAGCACGAGCGGCCGGAACACGCGGGCCUCGAAGAUAUGUCGGCGAAGGGGAUGAAGCGGAAUAGGAACUACUAUAUCGAGAAGAGGUACUGGAGGCGCCAGCAGCUGGAGGGCGAGGAGACAGAUGAUGAGGAGGACAUCGAUAGUGUCGAGUUUGCGCCGUAUCCGGAUUACAUCAGGGACCGGCUUCCGGAGACGAGGCCGGCGCCGAAGCGCCGUGGGAAUAGGCCGUUUACGAAUGAGCUUGUUGUUCCGGUUGAGGAGGAGAAGGCUGAGGGGGAGUCUAAGCCUGUGGGUGCAAAGGUCACCACAGAGAAAGAAGAAGAGGAGGCGAAGAUUCACGACGCUCCUAAGGCUACUCCUACUACAGCCUCUCAAAAGACCACUCCUACCACCCACCCCUCGCAGCCAGAGGCCAAACCCCCCGCCCCCAAAGCCUCCGACAGCAUCACCUCGCAGCACGCCCCAAACCCUUACCCACACCCCGAGGCCAACAAAUCACGCAAGCGCACCACCGCCGAGACCAAGAAACCAACCACACCACACAUCCCCACGCGCAGCUUCUACUCCGAGGUCAAGCCGGCCAAGCACAGCGCCGACGACGACGAUGACGGGUGCCCACAGAGCGCCGCGAAGCGGCAGAGACGGUUCGUCCAGCGGCUGCCAGAGGACCUGGCGAAGCGGGCGUCGCCGGCUGUGGCGGCGGCGGCGGAGAGUGCGGGGAUGGGGAUGGGGGUGGGGGUAAAGAGGCGUAGGUUCGCCUGA